AUGAAACAUGAAGGAUGGCCACACCAACAACAUGACACAGCAGUGUUUACCUAUUUCUUCCUGCUCCUAACAGUGGCCAUCAAGAAAAGGUCCAGGGUCCCCGGGGUUAUGAUCACUCAGUGUGUCGAGCAACUGCCGGUAGGGAAGUCAACCCCUGACUUUGCCCGGAAGCCAAUGCCCGUGACUACUCAAGAGGGUAAAAAGGUAUUUUUCAGAGCCAUGGUUAGUGGAGAGCCGGCGCCAGCUGUGACAUGGGGGCGUAAUAAAGGCGAGGUCGACGACCCAGAAAAAUACAUGACCAGAUACGAUGAAAGAGCUCAAGAGCACGUCCUAGAGGUACUCUGUGUAAAACCAGAUCAAGCCGACACCUACAAGUGCUUCGCCACCAAUGAGUACGGAGUGGCCGUCUGCACGGCGACUCUCAAUGUUAUUGAAGUUGGUUUCAAGAAGAAAGGCAAAGACGCAAAUGAACAAGUAACACAAGAUUUCAGAAAAAUGCUAAAGAAAACUGUCGUCACCAGAAAAAAACAACUCCCGCCGAAGAAAGAAGGCGAAAUUGAUCCAAAGCUCAUAGAACUGCUCAUCUGCGCUCCGAAGAAGGACUACGAAAAAAUCUGUGUCGACUUUGGCGUCACCGACUUCCGCUGGUUGCUGAAGAGACUCAACCAGCUGAAAAAGGAGACGCAAGAUAAGCAGGCCAAGGUCGUGGAGCAGCUGGACAACUUAAAACAAAUAGAAGUGCAACCAAAUGGAAGAGCCGAGUUUAGCCUGGACAUGAAACUCCAUGAUCCCGACAGCGCAAUCAACUUAUACAAGGACGGGACGAUGCUUCCAUACGGGGACGACGACGACUCAAAGCACAGCCUUAAGAAAACAGGGACAACAUAUCUGUUCAGCAUCAAAGAUGCCGAUGCAGAAGAUGCUGGUUUUUACCAGGUCGAUGUUGAAGAAACAAAUGUCCUUACGACUGACUUUCAAGUGCCUGCUGUGGAGUUCAUAGCCAAGAUCAAGGAUGUGAAGGCCUCGGAGAGUGAGGACGCCAUCUUCCAGUGCGUCUUGUCAACGCCCCUCAACAGAAUCACCUGGUCCAACACGGCUUCGUCACUUGAACAUGGGGACAAAUAUGACAUCACCGUCUCAGACGACAAGCUAAUUCACACGUUGAGAGUCAAAGACUGUAAAUUGGGAGAUAAUGGAGCGUAUUAUGCUAUCGCUGGCAUAACAUCCAGCUGUGCUUCUCUUAAAGUGGAAGGAAGCGAGGGCCACACUGGGAACCAAGUAGCAUCGGAGCGGCAGGCCAAGCUACAAAAAGAGAAAGACGACCUGGAGGCAGCCAGACGAGCGCAGCCUGAAAGGGAUGCCGCCGGGGACGGAGGUGAUGGAGGCGAGGGCGGAGACAAGGGCGGAGACGGCACGGAUAAAAACCUCCCGACGGAAGGAGGGGAUGAAAAUAAAGGGAACGAUGCAGAGAAGAAAACGAAGCGAGUGCGAGCCGGUCCGUUGGUUCCUGACACCGUGAUAGCUCGCGGCGUUCAGUUCGUCUGUGGCCUGUCGGACACCGUUGCUAAUAUCGGUGAACGGGCGGAGCUGUCUUGCAAACUAAGCAGCGACACCUCUGAGGGACGUUGGUAUAAAAAUGAGAAGCUGCUAACCAGUGAGGAUGGGGUAAUAAUGAUCAAAGAUGGAGCCUGUCACAGGUUGGUAAUUGAUUGCUGUAAAAAAGAUGACGCAGCUGUGUACUGCUUUGAAGCCGAAGGCCGUAAAUCAGAAGCAACGCUUAAUAUUCAAGAUCCACCAAUAAUCGACGAUGACGCGCUCGGAAAAUUCACAAAGCCGGUCAUUAUAAAGGCAGGUGAAAAUGCAGAGUGGAAGAUGCCAUUCUCAGGGGGGGCUCCGAUGAAUAUACAGUGGUUCAAGGAUGACGAUGAUCUUUCGCCCGCUCUCAAUGUGAAGAUUGAAACAUCCGCCACUGAAAGCAAACUACGCCUUGUUAAGCGUCAAAGGAAAGAUGGUGGCGAGAUCAAAAUAAAAAUAAAAAAUGAAUUCGGUACGACGGAAGCUAUUUCCAAACUUAUCGUACUGGACAAACCCACACCGCCUCAGGGGCCGGUGGACAUUAUGGAAAGUGCCGUAACAUCCGUGGAGUUUAAAUGGAAGCCACCAAAACACAGCGGCGGAUGCCCGGUCACACACUAUGUCCUCGAACGCCAACAAGUCGGGCGUAAUAAAUGGUCAGAUCUCGGUGAGAUCCCCGGCAGCAACCCAAGUUAUAAAGAUUCAGACGUGACCCCCGGGAGGAGAUACUGCUACCGGAUCAGAGCCAAGAACGCAGAAGGCCUCAGUGAUUCCCUGCAGACUGAGGACAUCGCAGCUGGUGUAUUACGUUAUCCCGGAUCCCCAACAGCACCAAAAGUGGUCGGUGCCUUUAAAGAUUGCAUCAAUCUGGCAUGGUGUCCUCCAUGUGACACUGGAGGAACCAAAAUAGUGGGAUACAACUUGGAAAAGAACAAGAAGGGCACAAAUUACUGGAGCCUUGUAAACCAUGGGGUGCCUAUUACAGAUACAAAGUAUGCAGUGAAAGAUGUUUUUGAAGGGGCAGCAUAUGAAUUUCGGGUGUCUGCCAUCAACUUAUCUGGAGCUGGAGAUCCUAGUAUUCCAUGUGACACGGUAAUCGCAAGAGAUCCAAUGAAACCUCCAGGGAAAGUCACAGAUCUGAAGUUAACAUCCUCCAAUUACACCACAUUUUCACUGGCUUGGACAAAACCUAAAGAAAUAAAAGGGGUGGAGGAUGAAGCCCGAGGCUACUAUGUGGAGAUCAGACCAAUAGAAAACCUUGAAUGGACUCGUUGUAAUGCCAUCUCAAUUACUUUAACUUCCUACACCGUGCUUGGCUUGAAGGCAAUGGCCAGCUACUGGGUGAGGGUGAUUGCCACCAAUUAUGGAGGCGAUGGAGAACCUCACGGCUUCGACAGUUACGUCAUUGCUAUGCCUCCUCCUGUAAGGCCAAAGUUUAAAGAUCGCAACAUGAAGACCUUCAUGGUGGUACGAUCUGGCAAUACUGUCCGUCUGAACAUCAACUUUGAGGCCUCCCCCCUGCCACAAAUUGUGUGGCAAAAAGAUGGUACUCCAGUGUCCAAACAUGUGACCGUUACCAGCUCUGAUAAAGGCUCUCAAAUGUUAAUCCCCACAUCUGAGCGGUCCGACAGUGGCAUCUACACCCUGACCGUCAAGAACAGUGUCGGCCAGGAGAGCGUCAAUGUUGAAAUCAGAGUCACAGAUGAUCCCAAGCCUCCAGGUCCAGUGGAGCUGAGUCAGAACAUCCCAGGAACAGUGACUCUGUCCUGGACCUCCUCUCCGGAUGAGAAGAGGGAUGACAGACUACACUACAUGGUAUCCAUGCGUGACUCCUUCAAACGCACUUGGAGGACAGUGGCUGACAACCUCUUCAACAAUAAGUUCACAGUUAUCAAUAUUAUGUCUGGACGGGAGUAUAACUUCAGGGUCUUCGCUAAAAAUGACAUGGGUCUGUCACCAUGUUCCGAAUCCCCUGUGUUUGGGACCAUGCGUCCAAAAGGAAAGUUCAAAGUGAACCCGCCAGAGAGAAAAUCCCUCGACUUGCAGUCACCGCCGUCAUUCAUCGUUCCCCUGAAACCGCGUACCGCUCCGCAGGGUUACGAGAGCUACAUGAGCUGCGCGGUUCGGGGAGAUCCAGCUCCACGAGUGACGUGGUACCACAACAACAUCAGCCUGAACACCAACACCAACUACCACGUCACCAACGUGUGUGGAGUCUGCUCCUUGCUCAUACUGACGGUGGGACCCCGAGACCACGGGGGAUACAAAGUGCUCAUCGAGAACAAACUGGGGACGGCCGAGUCCUCCAUGACACUGGUCGUCAGAGUGUGGUUGUUCAUCGUCGUCUUCACAACCGGGGCCUCUGUGAUGGGGUGGUUUUGUGCACAGCAGCAGCAGAGCCUCGACCAACUGUCGGAGACUUUUACAACGAAGCAAAAGAGAGUCGCAACCCUCCAGCGGGUGGUGGAGAUACUGAUACUGGUGUUGAGGCUGUUUGCCCUGGAGGAGGCCCAGAAACAGGCUCAGAAGACGGCUGAAUUUGCUCUGGCCACUUCAGAGAAGUUGAGGAAUUUCGACAACUACGAUGAGCUGUGGGCCCUCCAAGAUGAGACGGACUCUCGACUGACUGAGAUAAAGCAGGUCGUCCUGUCCGUCACAACCCUCCAGGCCAUGUUCAGUCACCACAGUGAGGAGUUCGAGGCUGUGAAGGAGAGCGUCGUGGCCGGUUUGAGCUCCAGCUCGGCACUGGCCGAAAAUGUGGCUUGGUUAGCCGGUGCUGUGCUCGGUGCAUCCGCCAGAGUUGACGAGCAGGUUGCAUCGGCAGAGGCUCUUAAUGCUCAGUUAGACGGUCAGGCCUCAGACCUGAGUGAGCUGAAAGAGUCACUGGACCUUCAUAAAGAUGUACUUCACACAAACAACCAGGAGAUGGCUGCAAUAAAGUGA